AACAGAUUAAAUAACAGCCUCUUCAGGCCGGCAAGCUUUUCGCACCGCUGUCCUUUUCCGGUCAGGACGGUGUGGCAAACGGGAGUGCAGCCACCUUCUCCAGGUCUUUUGUCUUUUUAUUUCUGAAGAAUGGAUCCCAAAGCCUUGCAGGAAGAGCUGCGUUUGUUCCAGAGCACUCUGCUCCAGGACGGCUUGAAGGAGCUCUUGAACGAGAACAAGUUUGUGGACUGCACUCUGAAGGUAGGCGACCGCUGCUUCCCGUGUCACCGCCUCAUUUUGGCCGCGUGCAGCCCGUACUUCAGGGAUAUCUUCUUCUCUGAAGACGGCAAGGUCAAAGAAGACCUCAAAGAAGUGGCCUUGGACGAUGUGGACCCCAACAUCCUGGACAUGAUCGUCAAGUACCUUUACUCCGCCGAGAUUGAGCUCACCGACGGCAAUGUGCAGGAGAUUUUCGCGCUUGCGAACCGUUUCCAGAUUCCGUCUGUCUUCACCGUGUGUGUAAACUACCUCCAGAAGAAGCUCUCCCCCUCUAACUGUCUCGCCAUCUUCAGACUCGGACUCGUCCUCAAUGUACCGAGGUUGGCCGUGGCUGCCCGUGACUACAGCGCCGACCGCUUCGAGACCCUUUGCAAAGAGGAGGAGUUCCUUCAGCUGGCUCCGCAUGAGCUCUUCGCCUUGAUUGGGUCCGACGUCCUGAACGUGGAGAAAGAGGAAACAGUGUUCGAGGCCCUCAUGAAAUGGGUGCGGAGCGACAAAGAGAAACGAGCUAAGGCCCUCCUGGAUGCCUUUGAGUGUAUCCGUUUCCGUCUAAUGCCUGAAAAAUACUUCAAGGAAAAGGUGGAAACCGAUGACAUCAUCAAGGCCGAUUCUGAGCUUCAGAAGAAAAUGCAGGUCAUCCGAGAUGCCUUCAAGGGGAAACUGCCUGAGAGGAAAAAGAAGGAAAAGAAGGAAGGAGAAGAGGAGGAUGAAGAAGAGCUUCUGCCUGGUUACCUGAAUGAAAAUAAGAGGUUGGGGAUGUACGGACGCGAUCUGAUCCUCAUGCUCAAUGACACAGCGGCUGUAGCGUACGACGUCUUGGAGAAUGAGUGCUUCCUCGCCGCUAUGGCUGAGCAAGUGCCGAAAAACCAUGUGAGCAUUUGCACCAAGAGAAACGAGCUCUUCGUCGUCGGCGGCCUUUUCGUUGACGAGGACAACAAAGAGAAUCCUCUUCAGUGCUACUUCUAUCAGAUGGAUCCGUUUGCAUCUGAUUGGAUUGCACUGCCCCCUAUGCCCAGUGCUCGCUGUCUGUUUGGCUUAGGGGAAAAUGGGAAUCUGAUUUUCGCCAUUGCUGGAAAAGAUCUGCAGACCAACGAGUCUCUCGACUCUGUGAUGUGUUACGACCACGAGAAGAUGAAAUGGAGCGAGACGAAAAAACUUCCUCUGCGCAUCCACGGCCACUCAGUGGUCUCACACAACGGCAUGGUCUACUGCAUCGGGGGCAAGACAGACGACAAUAAAGCACUAAACAAGCUGUUCGUGUACAACCAUAAGCAGUCUGAAUGGAGAGAGCUCGCCGGGAUGAAGACCCCCAGGUCCAUGUUCGGAGCGGUGGUGCACAAAGGAAAAAUCAUCGUCGCAGGCGGCGUUAACGAGGAUGGACUAACUGCCACGUCUGAGAUCUACGAUCCUGCCACUAACAAAUGGGAGGCGUUCGCCGAGUUCCCGCAGGAACGCAGCUCUGUGAACCUGAUGAGCAGUGGUGGCAAUCUGUACGCCGUCGGAGGCUUCGCCAUCGUCGAGCUGGAGAACAAAGAAGUUGGACCUUCUGAGAUCACCGACGUGUGGCAAUACGAGGAGGACAAGAAGCAGUGGAGUGGCAUGUUAAGGGAAAUGCGCUACGCAUCUGGAGCCUCGUGCGUCGCCAUGCGCCUGAACGCUGCCCGGAUGCCCAAACUCUAAACCUCUUUAUUCGAAUGUCACUUCCUCUUUAAUUACCCUAUACCCCAGUGCCCAGCUCUGCAUCUUUUAUGAUUAUUGUUACUCAAGAAGAAACAGUGAACAAAAAUGUGUUUACGUAUGUCCGACUGUGGCUUUGUCUCAAAUCACAUACUCUCAUUGCGAGUGUUGUAAGGAAUUUCAGUGAAACGCGAUAUCUGGGUGAUGUUUGAGAACCACAGAGAGGUCAUGCUUUCUCACGUGAUCUUAGAGAUAUUAGUGUGCAUGAGUCGUUCCUGCUUUAUAAACCUCCAUAGUGGAUCUUCUGAGAGACUAUAGUACACGAUUUGAGACAGAGCCCCUGCCUGAAUUCAGGACAUUCAGCUUUAUAAUACUUCAUUACUUCAUUCAGAUCAUAAGUGUGUAUGUUUUAAAUAAUACAAAUGUAACUAACAGAUAUGAUCAGGCUCUACAAAUCGUUCUCUUUUUUUUCUAACACAAUUAAACAUUUUUUAAACUCA